AUGUUGCUCAUUCCCAACAAAGACAAUAACAAGAAAGUGGGGAGUUUAUACAGCAUCACCAACCUAAAAAUCUCUAACGUUAACCUCCCCAUCCAUUACAACAAAAGAUGUUGUGGUUCUUCCUUCGAUUGGUUGAGCUUUGUAACGAAGAGUUCCUUUGUUAUCCUCUUCAACCCCAUCAGAAAUGAAAAAAUCAAUCUCUCGCAGCUUGAAAGACAUAGAGGCUAUAGAAGGAAUGUUAAGCAGUGUACAGUCAAAAAACUUAAAUUGUCCCCAGACCCCUCUGAGGACUCGGACUGGCUUGUCGAGGGAAUAUUUGGUGAAUAUAGCGACUUAGUUUUCAUGAAAUUAGGUGAUGAAUCUUGGACUUAUCAUGUGCAUGGAGAGUUGUUCUCUAAUGUUUUAUAUUAUAAAGGCCAGGUUCUCGCCAUUGAUCAUCGAAGUGAGCUUAUAUCCCUCGAUAGGCAAGGUAUGACCGGUUAUUUUAAGGUGCACAAGCUAGUGCUAGAUGAUGAAAGUGGAAGACUGGUGGAGCGGGAGGAGGUGAAGAACAUAGGAGAUGAUGCAUUGUACGUGGGAGACAACCAAUCUAUAUCUAUUUCAACUUCUGACUUUUUGGAUUGUUGGCCUAACGGCCCUAACUCCAUAUAUUACACUGAUGACUACAUUACUGCAUAUGAAUAUAAUCCAAAUGUGCUGAUUGACAUGAGUAUCUUCAAUUUAGAAGAUGGAAGCACUAGACUACACUACAAACCAAUUCCUACCCACAAGAAUUUGCCUCCCCCAAUUUAG